UCUUCUCUGGUCUGACUCAUCUUCCACGCUGGUGCAGUCUGCCUGUGUGCAUUUUCCAGCACACACACGUGCGUGCAGGCGCUGACACGUUAACAGAGGGAGCUCCGCCUCCUCUGCAGUGUAGCGACAGCUAGAGAGGGGCAGCAAUGGAGGAGCCAGCAGUACAGCAGGAAAAAAUAGAGGGAUCGUGGGAAGGAGGGCAUGAUGAAGGAAAAGCAGACUGGAAGAACGAAUGCUCUCUCUCAUCCCUCCUUAAACAUUCCUGUCUACUUUGCUGGUCAUCUCCCAGGGACACCGACAUCAUGGAGACUGAUGAGAGAAUCCUUGCCAAGACGGCCGAGAUCAGAGUAAGAAGACCACAGCACCUAGCACUGGAGCUGGAGAGCGCAGUGGCAGUGGAAAACUUGGAACUUCAGGAGCAGAGGUCAGACCGCAAAGAGCUGGAGGAGACCCUAGUUAAAUUAGAGAAACACAAAGAGAAACUGAUACAGCAAAUAAAGGCAACCAGACAGCUCUGCUAUGAAGAAAGUCAGCAGAUCCUGUCUCUGCAGGCAGAUGAGGCACAGAAGGAGAGCCAAGUGGAGGAGUAUGAGAGGGAGCUUUCCAGAGCCAGAUGGAGGCUGAGGAAGCUAAGAGAAGAGGUGAAACAGGCCAAGAGGAAAGUGGAAGAGGCUGGAGAGCGGAACAGUCCUUUACAAGACUCAAUCAGACAGUCAUAUGAAGAGAUCCUGCAGGAGGAGCACACUCUGUACUCUCUGUCAGGAGGUGCAGUCACUCCAGAAAGCCAUCUGGAUGAAUCAACAUCUCCUGCAGACACCACUGAAGAUAAUCUGCCUUCUCUGAGGCCAUGGGGAAGGAGCCAAUCACUGCCCGCAUAUGCUGACCUCAUAAUGGGGGGCAGUGGUUCACCUUUCUGCAAUAAUCUAGUCGGUACCAGAGAAGAAGAUGACAGUGGGACCAGCUCACCAAAGAUGGAUAGGUCUGACAUAGAGGAUGGCCUGGAGGAAGGGGAGCUCAACGCCGAAGGGGAAAACGAAAGAGACCAGGAAGAGUUCACUAUGAACCCCAACCCUCUCAGCCAGCUGGACUUCUACCAAGCCAACCCCUUCGCCCGCUGUCAGUGUGACCAUGACCUCUUCAAUGAAGACCUAUUCCUUAAAACAGAUUCAUCUGAUGGCUUUGGUUCUGACCCUUUCAAAGGCAGCGACCCCUUCGCAGCUGAUAUUUUGUUCCCGUUGACGAAUACUGUCACUGGUGAGGGCACAGGAAAUGCCGGUGACGAAGCAGAUACCAGUCUGUCUUGUGUUGAAAACAAAGCUUCAACGGGAACUCAGUGCUUUGAGUCAGAAUUCCCAGAUGAAGACAGUGACAUAGAGAUUAGCUACAGUCGAGAGGACCUGGACACCAUUGCUAUGGUAGAUGAUUCUCAUGGAUUUAAACCCAUUCAGAGUUCGUCAGAAGAGCUGGGGCCAGAGCCUAUCCGAGGGUGGCGUUCCCAGGGACAGUAUUCUGUAGAAUCGGACCCUAAUGGGUAUGAGCUUGAUCUUGGUGCUGUCUCCCCACCCUCCGACAUAGAAGAACAUAGUCUGGGAUCUCUGGCUGGAGAGGCUAUUACUCAGUCAUCAGCAGGAUUAGAGCAAGGUGAGUGUCUUGGUUUGACUCAAGCUGUUGGCGAACCUGUCCUGUUGGAGCCAGGUUGGACAGGCAACAGAGAGGAAACUUUGCCCUGUGAUGUCACUUACAGUCAGCAAACAGAACAGGUUAGGAACAUCAAAGAAGAAAUCCAAAUCCCUGCUGUUCCACAGAACUCACUAGAGUCCCAGAACAUUUCCACUCAGCCUGACUCACAUGAGAACAGCCUUGAGUUGAACUAUGAACCAACCAGUCAGUCUUCCUUUGACCCAUAUGGCUUUAAACUCAGCCCAGAGCAUUCUAGUCACACUCUUUUAGACCCUGAUGAAGAUGAGUUGAGUCCAGAACCUGCUGAUGAUGAUCUGACUUUUGACCCUGAACCCUGCUCUUCUCAACAUCAGCUGAACUUUGAUGCCUAUGGGUUUGACAUUACCUCCUCCCAGAUGAUACAGGACUUUGACCCUUAUGGUUUUAAGCUGAGCCCUCAAGAAGAGAACCAGGAAGUAUUGGACCCCUGUGGCCAUGACAACAAGGAUGCAAUAGACCGUUGUACCAAUGACAACAAUGAGCAAAGAAAGCUCUCAAGCUAUAAUAACCCAGAAAUACUGAAACCUCAUACCCAUGAAAACCAAGAAGUGCUUGAAAAUGAUAGCCACAAUAACCAGGAAUUUCUAGAUUUGUGUAAUAAUGGAAACCAAGAAGUGCUGGAACCAUCUAGCCUCGAAAACAGGGAGGUGGUUAACCAUAAAAACCAAGUCCUGGAACUCUGUAGUCACAACAAUCAAGAAGUUGUGGACCUCUGUCGGAAUAAUAGCAGUGAGCAAUUACUUGAACCUUGUGACUGUCAUAACCAAGAAGUGCUGGAACCUCAUAGCUUUGGCAGUCAGGACGUCCUGGACUUCUCCUAUCCUAAAAAUCAGGAAGUGUUAGAUUUCGAUAGCCAUGGUAACCAGGAAGUUUUGGAUUUAAAUAGCAAGGAAAACCAGGGUGUGCUAGUUUCAGGUAGCUACAAUAAGCAGGAACUUCAGGAAAAUCAGGAGUUACCUGACCAGGAGGGGUUGGACUUGUUGAGUACAGACAUUUUGCCUGAAGCAAACAACAACAACCAGUGCAUUCUGGAACCAGAACAGGAUGUCAGUUCUGUUAAUGACAGCUCGGAUAGUGAUGUGGCAUCCGAAAAUAUGCUGGGACUGCAGCUCAGUAACCCCAGUAUCUGCACCUCGAAUACCACAAAUACUAGUACUGCUGAUACUUUAAACAUGGCCAUCAGUAGCAUGUCUGCCAGCCAGGACCUUAAUUCGUCUGCUGCCCUGAUCCACCACAACCUUUUAGAAGGUGAUCUCGGUUCAGUGUUUGGGGCUGGAGGAUACAUUGGAUGUCCUGAUGUAGCUGAUGACCUAGAGCCAUUGCAGAGAAGGCAGACAAACCCAGUACCAGAGCCAGUACGACCAGUUAGGCCUCCUCGACCAUCUCUCAGGGCCAAGGACAAGGCCCAGUCCCAGACUCAGGUCAUCGAUUUAAAGUGAUCUCUCACCAUGAAACAUUCAAGUGAGGUUUACUGUGUCAGCAUGGUUCCUGUGAUGACAACAAGGCAAGAAGUGAAGAUGAUAAGGAAUAAAGUAAGACAAAGGGAAAUGCAAUGGAGGAAAAAUGGCUAAAGUGCAAGAGCUCAUUCUGUUGUUAAUUAUCACAGUAAAUUAGUUCAGGUUAAUCAGAGGAGAAACAAUGGAAGGCAAGAUGAAAAAACUACCCGGAACCAAAUGAUAAAAAAGAUUUCCUGAUUAUUAUAUUAAGAAACCUGAUUUUAUCCAAUUUAUUUAUUUACAUCUGUCAAGGUUGCAAACGACUGUCUGACCUACUAUCUUGUCUUUUUAUGAUUUGAUGAACUUAAGAAGGUUUUGACAGACCUGACUGGUCUGAAGUGAAAAUAAUGUCCAUGUUUGUGAUGUGACAUACAGUAAAUAUUAGGACAUAUGUUACAAGACUUCAAAUAGAUAAACUGUAUAUAAAUGAUACAAUGUAAUCUGCUGUUGUGGUUUUGAGAUUAUCUAUCCAAUUAGUAGUUUAGAUCUAAGUUGCAUAUGAACUGUAGAGAGUUUAUAAUCGGAUUUACCAAUGAGUGCAUAUCCACGCUCACAACAGUGUUUUCACACAUCAUUUAAGAGUGCUCCUUAAAGAGAAGCAGUGGUUCACUGCCAUUCUAGGCUGGAUUCUUCAGUUUCACCAGUGACAAAGCAUGACUGAUGGCUGUGGUCAGGUGUGUGCUUUGUUACAUGUGUAGCACGCUCAGUAGUGAUGUUGGAGCGUUGUGAUGUGAACCUGUGCAUCACUGCUGCAAGUCAAGGGUGAGUAAAACUAUAUUUUUAGUUAGUUUUAAGUUCCUGUUUAAAGUGCGAUGCCACCCAUGUUUGUAAUUGGACUGUAACUGAAAAGAUGGCCACUUCAUUCUUUGUUCCAAUUUCAUACUGUACACUAAUGCUGAAAAUAAAAACUAUGCAGGGAUUUUGGUUGUGUACUGUUAGUUAGGUAGUUACAGACGUAACUACCUAACUAACAGCGCAGGCUGCCAAUUUUUUCUUUUGUUUGGUAGCAACAAACAAACAGCAGCAAAGCUGUGUCCACCCAGGAAAUGUGGGUGUGAUUUGGUGAGCAAUGAAAGUCAGCGACAUUGUCUGACUUCAAGUGGCGAUGGGCAAAAAGCCCUGGAUGAACUUUUCUCAUGUUGGAGGCCACUGAAGUGACUGACAUUUGACAGGGUUGUAAAUACAUGAGGUCACCUAGGCAACCACAGCCUGGAAUGUCUACUAGCGAUCAGAUCUCAGCUUCAAAGCGAUGCAUGAAUGGAGCGCUGGGGUGGGGACACAACACCAAAAGACAGAUAGUUACAUCUGAGUGGAAGAGCAGUGAUGUGGAAAGACUAUUGCCUUCUACCAUUGUCAUCAGUAGUAAGCACUAGUAUUUUUGUCUCUCCCUCGUAAUGUAAUUAAUUUUACUACUGCUGAUAUUUAAAGACACCAAUACAGAAGUACUGUAUGUAACUUUCACAAAGCAGUUUUUUCUGUCCAGCAGUGAAAAGAGACAAGUUUAUUUUUAAGCUUUAAAAAGAAUACCUAUUUUCUUUAUUACACAUAUUUAACUUGUGUCAUGAAAAAACAAACUGCACAAUAUAUACAGUGAUCUUUUUUAAACUCAAAUGUUACUGCUAAUUAAUCCCCUGUUAGUACUCAUCUUUUGAUAGCACUGCCAGUGAAACUUUAUGAAGUAAUUAAGAUAUGUUUUCAUUUGUGAAUGGCGCGCACAAUGCGAGCAGAUUUACAGUGGUAAGCAUACUGACAGAUCUGAGCAUUUCAUUGGUGUAAACAUCUGUUUAGAAAUGGUCUGAAGCGUGGAACCAGGACACAGCGAGGGUAAAUGUGGAGUGUGUCUGGCACUGGUGCCGCUGUUAUGCUGCCCAUCCGGCAGUUUCUUCCACACAGGUCUGAUAAGUUUACUGUGAUCAGACUAAAGUAGUCAGAACCAACAGUGACGCCACAGCCAGAGUACAAAACAGAAAUCUGUGAGCUGAUCAUUUUCUGUAGGUUAAUCACUCCCAGAGACCUCUUUGACACUGUUAUAUCAUUUUCAGGUUAUAAUUAGAUAUCUAAUUAUAUAUAAAACACUGUUAUUCCUUUUGAUUGUACCCACACAAGGUCACACGCACAACUGCUUUUUAACAAGUACAUGAUAUUUACUGGUAUGGUAGCAGAGCAUCAGUGUAACCAGUUCAUUAGGCAGUUCAGAAAUGGCACAUAGCGCUUUAUUCCUCUGAGCACCCAAAGCCUGUUUUACUGCAAGCAUCAUUUAACCAGUUGCACUCACAUUCACGCAAGCACUGUUUUUCUACACCUAAGAGCUUUUCUCUAACAGUCACAUACACAUUGAACUUGGGGUUCAGUGUUUUCCUCAAUGUUAUUUCAACUUGCAGACUGGAGGAUGAAAUCAUCAGUCUUCCUCCUGAGCCAGCCUGAAGUACAAUUCCAAUUCCAAAAAGUUUGCAUGCUGUGUAAAAUUUAAAAUAAAACAGAAUUCACUAAUUCGCUCAUCUUUAUUCGUGAUAGAACACAGAAAACAUAUCAAAUGUUUAAACUGAGAAAACAUAUCAUUUUAAGAGAAAUAUGUAAUAUUUUAAUUUGAUGGCAGCAGCACAUCUCAGAAACAGGGUCAUGCUUCCCACUCUGUAGACUUUGGGAGAGGAAUGCUAUCCCAUUCUUGUCUGAUAGAGAUAUUUUUCACUUUAUGAUGCUCCACCAGCUGGUAAACGCAAGGACUCUUCUGCUAUGAAGGCUUUCCCUGAAACACAUGCCAUCUGGAUGGGAGUAUAUGCUGCUCUAAAACUGCCAACUCCAGAGGCACUAAUGCACUGCCACACCGUCAGAAAUGCAGGUUUUUGAACUGAGCACUGACAGCAAGUCAGAUAGUCUAGAAGAAGCAGUGUCCAUGUUUUCCAAUUUCAAAUUAAAAUUUCUUCACUUUGCUUCAGCCCAUUUUAAAUGAGCUUUGGUCCAGAGAUGAUGGCACUGUGGUGUGUGUGGACAACACAGUGAUCUGUGUUCACAGACAGUGAUGUCUGGAAGUGUUCCUAAGCCCAUGCACUGAUUUCAUAACAGAAUCAUGUCUGCUUGAGGACCUGAAGAUCAGCUGCAUCUAAUGUUGAUUUUCAGCCUGGUCCCUCAUGCACAGAGAUUUCUCCAGAUUCUCUGAAUCUUCUGAACUUAUGACUUUGGAUGAUGAGAUAUUCACAGUCUUUGCAACUAUUUGUUGAGGAACAUUAUUCUGAAAUUGUUCUACAAUUUUGUAGAAGCACUUUUUUGCAGAUCUCUCUCUCUAAGAUGUUCUCUUUUUUUACCCAGUCCUGUUACUGACCUGUCAUCAGUUAGCCUAAUUACGUAUAAAAUGUUUCUUUUUUGUGUCACUUACUUUUUCAGUCUUUUGCUGCCCCAUCCCAGCUUCUUUGAAACAUGCUGCUGCCAUCAAAUUCAAACUGAUUGUUUUUACAUGGUAGUAUAAAUAUCGUGAGUAUAAGUCUACCUUUACAUGGCACAUUCAGCAGGCACUGAUUGAACCUUUCAGUUCACACAAAACUUCAGUUCAGCCUACCUCACUCUUUUACCAUGAUUUCAUGACAGCAGCUAGAACCAUUAAAAGCAAGUAUUCCAUGACUUUCAUAUUUGUAGAUAUGUACAUGAACUCGCAUUUUCUUUUGACUGUACAAUGGUACACAUCAUAUAGCAAAGACAUUAAAGUGAAGUCCCACAUUCCACCUGCUUCAAACGAGAUGCUUCCACUGAAUAACUAGAAUGGUUCCAUUGAAAAUGGAAGAAAACACAAGCUGGUUCACGAGUUAAUAUCAAGGGUCUAAUAAUUUUAAACAGAACCAGUUAAAGAGCCAGAGCUAAUUUAAUAUAAAAGAGUCCAUAAUAUAAAAGACCAGCAAUCGUCACCUUACCUUAUAUUCAAAGUUCUUACUUCCAGUUAAAGGAUUACUGAUGUGUCCCAAAAGGUUGAUUCUGUUCACCUGAACGUAGCGUUUUCAGUGGGAGAAACGUUUCGUCACUCAUCCAAGUGACUUCUUCAGUCUCAGCUGACUGCAGGUUUCCCCAAUCUUAUAAACAGUACAUUUGCACAAUGAGUGAAACUAGCACCACUGAAUGAACAAUGGGCUGAGAGAUCAGUUCCUGGAUCAUUAAUAUGCAAAUUGUCAUGACCAUUCAUCAAAGACCGCUGAUCAAUGGCCAUGAGUACCAUUCACAGAGAGUUGGGGAAUGGCAUGCAUCAAGACAUUAUUGACGUGUGUUUUGCAGUUUUCCUAUGCAUUUUGGUCUUUUGUCCACAUGGAAACCAUGUGGGUGCAGCGUAAUGUGAGGGUACACACCUUUACAGGAUAUUUAGAUCUAAUGUGUGUUUCUGUAUCAUUUAGUAUCAAGUUAUUGGCAAAAUCUAAACCGUGUUUGACAAAUCUACUAGCGUGAAUCACAACACUUCAUAUACAAGCACAGUGCUCCAUGUAUUUGCUUUGUUUUCAAAUGUACAAUCAUGUGUAAAGAAAACGGAACAUUUAGAAGACUUAUUUUGUUCAUUUGUUGCAUUUUGGAACAUAAUUAGUUACAUACACAAAACUAAAAUAACAGGUUGCACACUGCCAGCCUGUUACUACACCACAGAAACGUAUUGAGCAUGGUCUGCUGCAGAAAACUGGAUUAUCUUUUUCAGAAAGCAGGCUAAAACUAUGGUGUCUUAAGCUAAUAGACUGUAAACCUAACCUGCCUGCUGGAAGCUCAGCUUCAACAGCAGUUUCCUGUCUGACUCCCGCCCCCUGACUCACCCACCAGUGGCUGUACUGGUGGAUGAGAGUGCAUUGUACCAUGAUGUGCUUACAGUUAAGCACAUUCCAUAUAAAGUAGUCUCACACAUACACAAGCAUGCAUCAUUACAACCAGUAACAUGUGAUUGAAGAUGGUGCUGCAUUGUAUCUUAUGUGAUAAAGAGCAGGUUUGCUCAAUAUGUCAGACUUUUUGUGGCAAAACUGGAGCUCCACAGUGUGCCAGCUGUUAAUUUGUUAUUCAUUCAUCUUUGGCCCAGAACCUGCCCUAAUUCUGCUGUGGAUGUGUGUAGAUUUUUGUAGUUAUGCAUAUAAACUUACCUCAAAUGUUAGCAAAAUAUCCGUGUCACAGCUACCCAUGUCAAAUAAAAAUGAAAGUCAGUUUCUGAGUUUGAAAAAUUGAAUGAUGCAGUCAAAAUAAUGUCGUCCUCACAAUGUGAAAACCUAAAAAGAAGAAUAACUGUAAACAUGAGGGUAUUGUUCUAAAAUGCAUUUGUGAAUAACAGUAGUGAUAAAUCUCAAGGUGGUAGAAGCUUUACUGACCACUUUGAACAGAUCUCUCUACAGUUUUCUUCUCCGCCUGGAGAAUGGAUCUCAGUUCUGAUAGUCUCAUGGAUAUACAUAUUAAUAUGUAUCUCCAUGUUUGUACUAUCUGUCAAUAACACCAUUUAGCAAGAAACAUUUAUCAGUAGAGUUUAAGUAUCUGCAGGUGGAGCCGUCGUCCUGCUUAAACCAUGUUUUGUUUUUUAUUCUCCCAAUAAGCUACGACAUCUUAAAAAUUGCUACUGGUACAAAUGAAGUGUAACAGACAGUUUCAUAAAAAGAUGCUAAGGAGUAAGCAGAAUUCCCCACAAAUUAUCCACAUGUCAGGAGAAUAAGCUCAGCAGACUGCCACUCUCCAGGGCUAAAGUAUGUUUAAUCGAUUGCCCAGGUAACAUCCAAAAAAAGCAAAAAUGCAUCACUGUACAUAGACACAUGUAGCGCACACUAAAAAUGACAAAGUCUGCAAUCAGUUUUAUUAUAUACACAGAUAGCUGUCCAUUUCUCUGAUUUAAAAUAUCUAUAUAUUCAUUUUACCGGCUGCUUUUAUUACCCACACAGGAUAAGAAUAUUACCCAAAGCAUUGGCAGAGCUGUUCUACUGUUCAGAGAGGCAGACAUCAAGUUCCCUGUGGAGCUUUUCAUUCUUUGCAGUGUGUGUGUUUUCUACGAUGUAUAUGUAUGUGCUCCAAAGCCAUGGUCGAAGGACAGCAUAUUCAGAAGAAAUUCUGCGUUUUGUCAUGAUGCAGCCAUGGUUUAUUGUGAUGAUGAUUCAUUUAUGUCUAAUGUACAAUUUGGUGUCUUAAAUGUGUGAUGAAAAAACUAAGAAAUAAAAGUCAUCUGCAAGCCAUAAUGUGGUCUGCUUUUCCAUCUCUAUUGUCUGUUCCUGCUACCAAUACAAAGCGAGAACUAUCAGAUGACCCCUGUGAGUCAGCACUUGGCAAUGGUGGUCCUGGCAAUGGUCCUGUUCUGAGGCAAUUCACAGACAAUUUCAAAGACAAGGAUGGAAAGCUUCUGUUCAGACAGGUAGGGAGCCAGUUGUGCUGUAGCGCCUUUAAAUCUGGCCUGAAUAAGAUAAGAUAAGAUAACCUUUAUUAGUCCCACAUGUGGGAAAUUUGUUUUGUCACAGCAGGAAGUGGACAGUGCAAAAGUUAUGAAGCAAAAAUUAGAAUAAAAUAAAAUAAGAAUAAAUACAGUAUACAAC